AUGCUGGACUGGAAACUGACAUCUGUACGUGUCACCCUGGCUGUGAUGUUGUUGCUGUGGAUCUCAGGAAAUGUGCUCUCGUUGGAUGUACCAACAGAGGUCCUGGAUUCUGGAUUCACAAACACGCAGUUCCUCCCCACAGAGAGGGAGGUGAAAUCAGCCACUGAUCUGGCAGCAAAGCUCUUGCUUCUUGACGAGCUUGUGUCCCUGGAGAACGAUGUGAUUGAGACAAAGAAGAAAAGGAGUUUCUCUGGCUUUGGGUCUCCCCUUGACAGACUCUCAGCUGGCUCUGGAGAUCAUAAAGGUAAACAAAGAAAAGUAGUAGGUCAUCCAAAAAGGAGAUUUGGCAUUCCCAUGGAUCGGAUCGGUAGAAACCGGAUUUCAAAUUCCAGAGGCUAA